AUGGCUCUCAAACGCAUCAACAAGGAGCUGCAGGACUUGAACCGUGAUCCCCCUGCGCAGUGCUCGGCGGGCCCUGUCGGCGAUGAUCUUUUCCACUGGCAAGCGACAAUUAUGGGGCCCCCGGACAGCCCAUACCAAGGAGGGGUCUUUUUCUUGACGAUACAUUUUCCCACCGACUAUCCGUUCAAGCCGCCGAAGGUUGCGUUUACAACGAGGAUUUAUCAUCCCAACAUCAACAGCAAUGGCAGCAUUUGCUUGGAUAUACUUCGUUCUCAAUGGUCGCCGGCCCUCACCAUUUCCAAAGUGCUCUUGUCCAUCUGCUCAUUGCUGUGUGAUCCGAAUCCCGAUGACCCUUUGGUGCCCGAGAUCGCUCGUAUUUACAAAACGGACAAGCAGAAGUACAACGAGAUGGCCCGUGAAUGGACUCGGAAGUACGCCAUGUGAUAGCUCUGUUGAAGAUCCGUCAGAAAGAGGAGAAAUCAAGGGGCUGUUUCUUUCUCCUCGCAAAAUCUUCACUUGUCGCUUAAGUUCUUGGUUUCUCGUCAUCGUGGGCCAAUAAUGCGCCACGUCGUCCUCUCUGUGAAAGUGCUUUUUUUGGAUGCUCUGAUGCGUGAACGAACGAGUUCUGUAAUACUAUUGAAGGUUUACGUUUUCGUUUUGUUUAUUUUGGAAUUCAUCCACGAGCGCUUCGUGCCACACUUGAAAUCAGUGAAGAAGCCCACGAGAGCUCUGCCUAUGAGGAUUUUUUCGCGAAUGGUUGAUUUAAAGCUUUUCUGGAUAUUCUUCGGGAUGCGGCUUUCCCGCGCCCAGAGUGAUGUUGUCUUCUCGCGAUGAAUCCGCGUAUCACUCCAUCUAGACCUGCGGGUAACCACGAACAUCUUUUGUAAAGGCGCUUCAAGCAGUUGCAUGCAUUGUGUCCCGAGUGUGUAAGCAUGUAAUCGCCUGGUGUCCGCACCCGUAGAAUGUUGAGGAAUGAUCUUAAGGCUUUGCGGUCGGAUACGCAAAAGAGGCGGACAAGAAGAUUUUCGGGUCGUGAUAAAAGUUUGCGCACUGUCAUGAAAACAGCUCUUGUAUGUCGUUGCGCGCAUCAGUUGAAAAGCAAAGUCAGGUCUGUCUAGCUGAGCCGCCCCUGACGUACCCUGUGUUCUGUUGUGGUUCUGCGGGUCGCGAGCUUUAUGAAUUUUCAAACCUUUUGUUCUCUGUGAUCCGGUGGAUUUUUCUUUGCUUUUUCUGCUGGUGCUGUGCGUUAUGUUAGGUAGGAAUAUCGAUGAAGUGGCGUUUUUCUCCACACAGUCUGAAGUUUCUUCGCGCUGCCCUCACCUGUUGUCAUUGACCUAUGUAUUUCCUCGCAUCUUGUGAAUAAAUGAAUGCGCGAAUGAAAAACGACUGGUGGCGAGAAAUGCAAGAAGUAAGCGAAUGGUUUCUUUGAACA